GCAGGGCAGCACAGUAGAACAGGUACUCUCUAAGUGUAGAGCAGAUCAUAAAACAUUGUAUGACAUGCAUCUGAUUGUAUUCCCUUCUAAAAUUCUCAUUAGUUGACCUUCGAGGAAAGAGCAACAACGUAUCGACCAGAGAAAGGAGAUUUUGAAUGUGACCUGCAAACAAAAGCUUUGGGAGCAGAGACCCUGCAGGCUUUAAACAUCUUUGAACCUCCUGAGGUUGAGCGGCAUGCUAGUGACUACUGCUCUGAACUGGGAAAUAAAGAGACCCCAAAUGUGGACAGAGAAAUGCUCGAGGUGGAAGUGUGUGCCAAUGAGCUGUGGGACCUGAGAGGGCCUGAACCAGCUCAUGUUGAUUACCACGAAUACAACUCACAAGUCACAGUUGACUGUAGCCCUGCAGGAAGAGAGGCAAUGAGGGAAUCCACACUGAUGGAGAGAGAGCGAGCAAGAGAGCCUGUGUCUGCGAUGGAGAGAGAAAGGACAAUGCGCAACCUGGUGGACAUGCAACGAAAGGUGGAACAGAGGCAGCAGAGAGAUAAAGAGAGACAACUACUGAGGGUUCAGGAGCAUCUGUCCAUCAUCCAGAACAGAAAGGCAGAGGAAGACCUGCUUGGCUUGAAACACACUGACAGGCUAAGGCACCUCACACAAGAUCUCCCACAGGAGGAUAAGAAUCAGCAAAAGACGGUUGUCAAAGAGCGACUGGAGCAGCUGAGAAGAGAGCGCUCCUACGUCAUGCAGUCCAAACGAGCCAGGAACACUGCAGGAUUUAAGGAACUUCUGGGUCCAGUAGCUCUCCACAGCAGACAACCAAAUGAUGGAGCAGACUGAGGAACUACAGAUUCUUGAAUUCACUUCUAAUUGAACAAGGAGUGUGCCCAGAUUAAUGAUCAGAUACUAUUCUGAUGUGUGCAAGUAUAAUUCAGACUUUGUUGCAUUCCGGUAUUAACACAA